AUGGCUGCGAUUGAGAGCUUCGACAACAUCUAUCUAGAUCUUUCCAAGGAGAACGGGAAAUGCAGAUUUGCCGAAAAUGGUCUAGGAUGGAAGCCGGCAGGCGGCGGUGAAGCCUUCACGCUGGACCAGAGCAACAUCAGCGGUGCGCAAUGGAGCCGAGCUUCAAAGGGCUAUGAGGUCAAAAUACAGCAAAGGAGCUCGGGAAUCAUCCAGCUGGACGGAUUCCAGCAAGAAGACUAUGAGCGUCUCAGCAAGAUCUUCAAGAAUUGGUACAGCCAUAACCUCGAGAACAAGGAGCACUCUGUGCGCGGGUGGAAUUGGGGCAAGGCUGAAUUCACCAAGGCCGAGCUCAUUUUUAAUGUGCAAAACCGCCCCGCCUUUGAGAUCCCGUACUCCGAAAUAUCCAACACGAAUCUGGCAGGCCGGAACGAGAUCUCCAUCGAUUUCUCUCUGAACGAAGACGCCAAGACGAACGGCAAGGGUCCGAUAAAGGGCAAUAAGGCUGCCGCGGGGAAAGACCAGUUGAUGGAGAUGCGCUUCUACGUACCUGGCACGACAACGAAGAAGGAGGCCGACGGAGAUGAGGCCGGUAGCGGUGCUGAGGAGGAGAAGAAUGCGGUCACGCUCUUCUAUGACACGCUCAUGGAGAAGGCCGAAAUUGGGGAGUCGGCUGGCGACACUAUUGCCACCUUUUUGGAUGUGCUACAUCUGACACCAAGAGGCCGGUUCGAUAUCGACAUGUACGACUCAUCUUUCCGGCUGCGUGGAAAGACGUACGACUACAAGAUCCAGUAUGACGCAAUCAAGAAAUUUAUGGUGCUCCCCAAGCCAGACGAGAUGCAUUUCAUGCUUUGCAUUGGCCUAGACCCUCCUCUGCGACAGGGCCAGACGCGGUAUCCCUUUGUUGUCAUGCAAUUUAAGCGUGAUGAAGAGGUGACGCUGGACCUUAACUUGUCGGAGGAGGAGCUGGAGAGCAGAUACAAAGACAAGCUGCAAUCACACUACGAGCAGCCUCUGCACCAAGUCGUGACGUACAUCUUCCGAGGCCUGGCCAAUAAGAAGGUGACCACUCCUGCAAAGGACUUUACUACUCACCGGCAGCAGUUUGGCAUCAAGUGCUCGAUCAAAGCAAGCGAGGGAUUCCUGUACUGCCUGGAGAAGGCAUUCAUGUUUGUGCCAAAACCAGCUACAUACAUCUCGUAUGAGCAAACACAGUCCGUCACCUUUUCACGGGUCGGUGGCGCUGUAUCUACGCUCUCAACCUUUGACAUCACGGUGCACCUAAAGAGCGGUGCAGGAUCUUCACAGUUUAGCAACAUCAACCGAGAAGACCUCAAAGCCUUGGAAGAUUUCUUCAAGCUGAAGGGUCUCCGCGUUAAGAACGAGAUCGACGAGGAUGCAAACUUGAUGGCGGCUGCCCUGCGCGACCAGGAUAUUGAUAGUUCUGACGACGAGCCCGGAGCAGCCAAGGCGGACCGCGGAUCUGCCGAUGAGGAUGAGGAGAGCGUUGACGAGGAUUUCCAGGCCGAAUCAGAGAGCGAUGUAGCCGAGGAAUACGACUCGAAUCACGAAAGCUCUGGUACUGGCAGCGAUUCGGACGCCGAAAGUGAUGUGGAUAACGAAGUGGAUGACGAAGAUAAAGAGCUGGACGGAGAGGAGGAGGAAGAGGAGCGGCCAAAGAAGAAGAAGCGGACAUGA